GUCAACUCAAACAUCUCAAUCAAAUAAAAUAAAACAGCAGCGGCUGUUUUACACUUGUAAAUCUGAAACAACUUGGAGUCGCACCACUGAACUACUCAACUGGCCAGAAAACGCUGCCGGAGUUCGUCGUCGGCCACCGUCAUAAACGGUGAGAAACUCCGGUGGAAGAUAUUAGGAAUAACUACAGGAUCUCAUAGAGUAGAGAAAAGGAAUGGAGUUUAUGUGUUUAAUUGUGACCCUCUCUGUGAUUUUGGUCUUAGGACUUGUCUUUGUAAUAUUCCUAGAAGCGUAUAGAAGAAGAAAUAACCACCAGCACAUUGAAGUUCCUGCUAUUUUUGAGGAUCCUAAUUCAUUGAAACAGGUUCCUUGCCCACACGUAGUUGAUCCUGCCUCAAAGUAUAUCUCUUUGAUAAUUCCUGCAUUCAAUGAAGAGCAUAGGCUCCCUGGUGCACUCGAGGAAACUAUGAUUUAUCUGCAACAACGUGCUUCAAAGGAUCCUUCAUUUUCAUAUGAGGUUGUGAUUGUAGAUGAUGGAAGUGUUGAUGGGACUAAAAGAGUAGCUUUCGAAUUUGUAAGGAAAUACACAGUAGACAAGGUAAGGGUCAUCCUUCUUGGAAGAAAUCAUGGCAAGGGAGAAGCAAUCAGAAAAGGGAUGUUGCACUCACGCGGUGAGCUACUUCUCAUGCUUGAUGCUGAUGGAGCAACUAAGAUCACCGACCUAGAAAAACUUGAAAAUCAGAUUCGAGCUGUUGCUGAGAAGGAAUUUCACCAUGGAGAUUCAAGUGGUAAUGAUCCUAGCUUUAGAAUAUCUGACACCCCUGUUGUUGUAUUUGGGUCACGAGCUCAUCUAGAGGAGAAAGCUUUGGCUACAAGGAAGUGGUACCGCAAUUUUUUGAUGAAGGGGUUCCAUCUUGUGGUUCUCUUGGCUGCUGGUCCUGGAAUUCGUGAUACACAGUGUGGUUUCAAGAUGUUUACUAGGGCUGCAGCUAGGAAACUUUUUUCAAAUGUCCGCUUGAAGAGGUGGUGCUUUGAUGUUGAGUUAGUCUUUCUGUGUAAAUGGUUCCGGAUCCCAAUUUCAGAAAUUUCUGUAAAUUGGUCUGAGAUCCCGGGGUCCAAAGUGAAUCUUCUGAGUAUACCAAACAUGGUUUGGGAGCUUUUGCUCAUGUCUGUAGGCUACAGGAUUGGCAUAUGGAGAAUUUCUAAUUCUACCUGAGCUUCAAUGAUCAAUUUUGGGAAGAAAAUUGACAUUUUCUAUCCAAAGUAUUUAAAGUUUGUAGGACUAACCAUAACCUUCCGGAUUGUGCUGUGUUCAGGAUGGGGUCAUGGAGGCUUUGAUUUUUUUCUUUUAUACUGUUGUUAUAUCUACUAGGUAAAUGUAUUCAACAUUUCAUAGUUACUUACCAUUGACUGAGAAAAUAUCUAAUAACAAGUUUGUAUUUGUUUUCUUAGUUAGCAUAUUCUACAGAUAACAUUUCAUUCCUUAGGUGUCAUUUGAAAGAUUAUCUAACAAUGGUAAGUUAUUUGAUGCUUAAACUAUGAAAUUCGUACACAUAUAUGUAAUAUUUCAUAUUGUAUUUUUAUGUAA